AGUUUUAAUAUCUGCUAGAAUAUUUCUGAACCAAUUGAAUUGGCUAAACUCAAACAGUUUGUUUUGCAGUGUGGACGCCUCUAGCUGUUUUCUAUUGCCACUCCUCUUCUUGUCAACCAAACCACACCUUCCUGUUUCUCAUUUCCUUGCUGUCCACUAUUUUGAAUGUCAAACUUUGAAGAAUCAACUUUCCUUUUGUGAAACAGCUCUCAGACAAUUUUUCUCUUCUUCAUCUGAAGCCUGAAGCCAUAAUUUCAUUCAUUCUAGUCUCUGUUCUUGGUCAUGGAUGACUUUGUUCGUGACACACUAGCCAAGGCUGGUCUGAGUGACUUGAUUAAAGUAUUUAAAGAUGAAGGGAUUGAUACAGAAACUUUUUAUAUGCUUCAGGAUGCAGACAUCGAAAAGUUGAUUCCAAAAAUGGGAUCAAGGUUAAAAUUCAAAAAGUUAAUCAGACGGUUAAAGGCAGAACAAACCCCAAAUGAGAGCCCAAAUCAUUUUCCAACACAUGGUCACCAGAAAGGUGAAGAAGAAACUGGUAUGACUGAGGUUUUACCUUCUACAAGCGAUACAGGAAAACGAAAAUCUGGCCAACAGUUGGGCAGCAAAGGACAACCAGCAGCAAAAAGGAAGUGUGAGACAAAUUCGUCAACAGAAACAGAAGCAAAGAUGUUAAAUACAGUGAGAAACACGAUGGGGGACAUCUAUGCCAUGUUGCAAGAUGACAGUGAUCUCAAUAAGAUCUUGAAAACUAAAAUCAAGAAUCUGGAGACAGAAAAGAAGGAGCUGGUUGGUGUGUUUGGUAAAACUGGAGCUGGAAAGACGUCUUUGAUAAAUGCUGUCCUUGAAGAGAAGAAUCUUUUGCCCUCUGGAAGUGUCAGUGCCUGCACCUCAGUCAUGAUUAAAGUGGAGGGUAACAGGCAAAAUGAAAAAUACGAGGCGGAGAUUGAAUUCAUUUCACCUGAAGACUGGGAAGAUGAAUUGGGGUCACUGUUUUCUAUCAUUAAGAAAGGAAAUCAAGAAACGGAAGACAAUGUUGAUGAUUCUGAUGAAGAACACCAUGAUGCCGCUGAUAAGCUGUCGGCUCUGUAUGAAGAUGAAUGGAAGGAAAAAUCCUGCGAACAACUCAUGGAGACGAAGUACUUCAAAGAAAUUCCAGAAUUUCUUUGUUCAACAAGCAAAACCUUGAUCUUUGAAUCAGCUAAGGAUCUAUCUACAGAUAUUGUCAAAUAUACAAGGGAUGCUGCAAAAAACGAAGACUAUGACAAAAUAAAGAAGUGGUACUGGCCACUUGUGAAGUGUGUGACUGUCAGGGUACCAGAUAAUCCUUUUCUCCAACACGUCACACUUGUGGACCUUCCUGGAAAUGGAGACCGCAAUAAAAGCAGAGAUACAAUGUGGAAAGGGAUUGUUGGAGACUGCUCUACCGUCUGGGUUGUCACUGAAAUCAAUCGAGCAGCAUCAGAGCAAGAAUCUUGGGACAUCCUGAAAAAUGUUGCCAGUCAGAUUGGAAACGGUGGCGAGUGUCGACACAUUCACAUUGUCUGCACCAAGUCUGACGAUAUUGACGAUUCACAUGAACUCACCAAAGCAGAAACUCAGGCCUUGAUACUUAAGAGAAAUGCAAAAGCCAAAUUAAGUGUGGGAAAAGAACUCAACAAACUGGAAAAGAUUAAAAAACACUUCAGUGAUGAGUGUUUUCAGGUGUUCACUGUGAGCUCCAGAGAAUUUUUCAGAAAGAGAGAUCUAAGUCCAGAGGACACUGAAAUACCCAAACUUCAGGAAUUUUUGCAAAAUCUCAAUGACUGUCACUCAGAGACAUUAAACUAUGUGUCUGGAGCUCAUGGGAUCCUCUCUUUGAUUCAUGGGGCAAACUUAAGAAAACAGGAUGACAGAAUUAAGGAGGUGUUUGAAGCUCUUGAGAAAAAUCUAACCCUUCAAACUAAAUCAAUCAAAAAUGAAAUGAUGAAGAUUUUCAAAGUUUUUGAAGAACGCCUUCAAGAAGGAGUUGAGAGAUCCAAAAACUCAUAUGGAAACAUCUUGACGUCUACCCUCUAUCCCCGUAAAAGGGAUGGUCGGGGAUUUCAUAAGCAACUGAAAAAAGCAGUAGAAAAUGGAGGAGUCUGCAGACCUAAGAAAGGAAGAGAAAUGAACAUCAACAUGAACUUGACGUCCCCUCUGACUGACAGCAUUGAUGAGGAAUUCAGAACCACUUUUCCAAAUGAUGGAAAAUGUGGCCCAUUCAAAGGAGUGAUUUAUGGUUUUUCAAUUGUCACUAAAGAACUAAAAGAGAAGUACAAAGAUGUGGAACUGCAGCUGAUAUCUCUGGAGUCAGAGGAAGAACGCCUGAAGAUAAGUCUGAACAAAAGUAUUCGUAAGGGCAAAAAAACAGUCUACCGGAGUCUAGCAAAAACCAUUGGGGAAACAAUGCAAGACUGCUAUAAUAAAGCAGCAGCAUUUAGAGGAACUGGCACACUGCAGAACAUGCGGGACACUAUAGAGAAGCACGUACAUAGAUCAAAGAAGACCAUGUUUGAAGAGGCUAAAAAGGUCAUGAUGAACCACCUGGACAACUUGAUGGUGGACGUCCUGAAAACACUGGAGGACACCAUGAGGGAAUCGAUUGAGCUCUCACUGAAGACUGAUGAUCUUUCACUUCCAGAUGUUUCAGCACAGCUGGAGAUGGUCCAAAAACUACGUGAUGAGCUGAGAAGCUGCUAAAACAGGGAACAUAUUUGAGAUGUUCUCAUUGGAGGAAUUCAUCAUCAUCUGCAUCUGCAGCCCUUCAAGAUGAAAAACUGUGAAAA